UGGCAUCAGAGUACUCUUCGGAGUUGGAGGCUGAGUCAGUGGUUUCGACUGGGCCCUCAUAUAGGUCGCGGCCUCGCCAUAGGUCCCGCUCGUCGGUCAGAUCAUCUCACCGGGAUCCGAUGGCCCAGCAGCAGUCGCAGGGGCAACCCCAGUGGGCUUUCUGGACGCCCUGGGCAUACCAUCAGGCCCAGGGGCCUCCCCCUUCGGGGCCGGCAGCGGGGUCAUCCCGAAGAAGUAGCACCCCAUCUGCCACCCCCUUGACAGCCCCCCCGCCUGGAAGUGGCUCGCCCAUGGCUUCCGGGCCGAGACCCCCGGUUAUUGGUCAGGGAGAACCGGGGGCACAGAUGACCGAGGAGACAAUCCCCUCAAGGGACUUCUCGUCGUCCUCGCCAGACGAGGCCCUGGCUGACCCCGCACCUCAGCCCCCGUCCAUGGACUCCAGGCCGCACCAGGAGCUGCUCCGGAGGCUGGCAGUCAACCUUGCGGUCCAGCACGAGGAGGUUCACGAGGACUUAGAUCCGAUGGUGGACAUCAUAGCGGCAGCGGGCCCUGGUCGGGUGGCGCUCCCACUGAAUAAAACGGUGGACAAGCUGUCUAAAACCCUGUGGCAGACGCCGGCCUCUAUUGCACCGACCCAGAAGGGGGUCGAGAGACGAUACUAUGUACCCCAGGAGGGGCAUGAGUAUCUCUUUACCCACCCGGCUCCGGGAUCCAUAGUGGUUCAGGCCGCUGCGCAGAAGGAGCGCCAAGGGCCUCCAGGCCCCACUCCGAAGGCAAAGGAGCCUAGGAGAUUGGACCUGCUUGGCCGGAAGGCCUAUGCCACAGGGGGCCUCCAGCUACGUAUAGCUAACCAGCAACUGAUGCUGAGGCGUUAUGCUUUUAAUAUGUGGGCGUCCACGCAAAAAUUUGCCAGCCAGCUUCCUCCCGAAUCCCGUCAGGAGUUCGGGGCCUUGACGGAAGAGGGACAGGCAGUGGUACGUACCUCUCUCCAGGCGGCCUUGGACGCAGCCGAUUUGGCAGCCCGCACCAUGGCCACAGGGGUGGUGAUGAGGCGUAGUGCCUGGCUGCAGGUGUCUGGCAUCCCACCCGAGGUGCAGACUACUAUCCAGGACCUGCCCUUUGAGGGGCCGGCCUUAUUUUCAGAGCAGACUGAUUCCAAGCUGCAUAGCCUGAAAGACUCAAGGACAUACCCCGGCGCCUCAGAGGCGCUCUUUCCAGGCCAGGCCCUACCCUAGAAGGGGGCAGACCAACUAAAGGGGUCGCAGGAGAGGCCGCAACAAUGGCCGCCCUGACCUUUUCAGGGGCAGGCGUAGGGGGCCUUGGUCAGACUCCAAGAGAAGCUCAGGGCCGUUCCCCGGUCACCAAGCCAAGCCCUCAUUUUGAAGGUACGCCAGAGAGCAGAGUACCAGUAGCGCCUAUCUGUCCGCCCUUUGGGGACCGUCUUUCCCUCUUUUACCAGGAAUGGUUAAAGAUCACGUCGGACCGUUGGGUCCUAGACCUGGUGAAGCAGGGAUAUACUAUCCCCUUCCUUUCCUCCCCUGCCUCCCAUCCCCCUGCUCCUUCCCUUUUCAGGGACCCCUCUCACAAGACACACCUGUUGAUGCUAGGGGCCAUAGAAAGGGUGUCCCCAGACGUAAGGGGAAAGGGUUUCUACUUCCGCUACUUCCUAGUACCCAAGGCGAAAGGGGGCAUGCGUCCCAUACUAGACCUCUGAAACCUGAACACCUUUAUAAGGAAGACAAAGUUCAGGAUGGUGAUGCUAGCCUGCAUCAUCCCAUCGC